AUGUCUGACGAAGAUGACAAUUAUGACGAUUUCAUGUUAUCCGACGACCAAGGCAUGGAAUCCAUUGAAAUGGAGGAAGAAACUGAUGAUGAAGACGAAAAGAUGAUCCGGCUAGACGAGCAGCAGGACCAAAACCAAGAAGGGGAGCAAUAUAAACAGCUUAUGCAGGAUACAGUGGGGAAGGUCGACAAGGAACGGGAUGCUUGUAAAGUGCUUUUUGAACAGGGCCAAAGUUUCAAAGAGGACGAACAAUACAAAGAAGCUCGCGACUCAUUUCUAAAAAUAUAUUAUAGGGAAGAAUUUUUGGGUGAUGAAAGCAUUGACGCACUUUUGAUAUGGAAAUUCAAAUCAUUGAAUGAAAUACUACGCUUAAGAGCGCCAAGCUUCAAAUUUCAAAGCAAUGGUACACAAGACUUGGCACUCCAAGUUUUAGAGGAUACAGCAACCAUGUCAGUUUUUUUACAGAGAAUUGAUUUCCAAAUCGAUGAAAAAAUAUUUGAAUCACUUUCAGACACCUUUGAGGCACUGGCGCCCAAUUGGGAAAGAGUAUUUUUAUUUGACGUUGAAAAGGUUGACAAACAAAAUAUGAUCUGCAAAAUGGAGUUCCAAAAAAGCCUCAUGGAUCAGUUUCAAUGGAUAUUAAAAAAAUCUGACAAAAAUGAUAAACUUAAAAAACUUCAGCGUAUCAUCAGAAAAAAAUUGCUUAUUGCAGUUAUUUGGCAUCGAAGAUUGACUAUGGAGGAUAUCUUUAUUCCUGAAGUUUCUUUCCAAAUACAAAAUCUCGUAUGCGAUAUGGGAUCUGCUUCUUUUGAGGAGGCGAAUGAUCUAGAAAGUGUUUCAAUACUGCUACAGUACUAUAUACUGGAAUUUAUGAAAAACGCACGGAUAAAAAAUAGAAACUUGUUCAAGAAGUGCAUUGACUACUUUGACCUGACGACAUCAAAAUCGCUUACUUUCUCCCAGCAAUCGGGAUCGAUGGUAAUAUUAUAUACUUCCAAGGCAGUUUGGAUUUUAGACUCAGAUUCAGAAAACGAUGUAUCCUUUGCAUUGAUGAAAUAUUAUGACCGGAAAGAAGAACUGAAGAACAUGUUUCUCCAGAUUUUAAAGCAUUUGGAAGAGAUGGGGAAGUUUCGAGAAAGAGAUAUUGCUUCUUUGUUUCACAAGUUUGUGCUCAGCGGCUUUAUAUUUACCAGCAUGAUUUUAGAAGCGAUAAGUGCUGAUAAAAUCAACCCCUUUGAUUUUGAACAGGUAAAGAUUGCCCUAGGCAGCCCAAUUGUUCAUGUAUUACAAACUAUCUACAAAUGUUUUGCAGAACUGGAAUUAAGACAACUAAAUGCAAAUAUAUCUCGUAUUCCAGAAUUGUCUAUUAUACUAAAGAAAAUCAUUCAGGAUAUUUAUUAUUUAGCCCAGACACUAAAACUAUGGAGAAAAAUUGCACAGCUUUACUCUUGCAUCUCAAUAAAUGACAUUAUUGAUAUGUUACAAGUAAACGAGAAUAACGAGAUGACGAGAGACGAUUUAUUAACAAUUUUAAUGCGAUCGAUAAUGAAAGACAGAUCAAUUGUGUAUUUCAAGUUGGACUUGACCAGCGAUUUGGUUUAUUUCGGUAAUGAAAACAAAGUCAUGUUACCGAGAUGUUCCAAAGAGGAAUUUCGUUUAACAAGUACGUCAAAAGAGGAUGGGCCUACGGAAAAUGCCAAACUCAUAGAUUUCGAAUAUGUCAACGACGUCGGAAUUUACAACAACCCAACAAGGAUAAAGACUAAAUCUUCUAAAGAGUUUUUUAAUACAUUAAGAAAAUCUAGAGAAACUGUUAGAUUACCUAAAGUCAGCAACCAGUCAAAUGAGGGGGUAUUUUUACCAUCGUAUAUGAGAUUUGCCACCAAAUACCUGGAAUUGACUAAAUUAGCCUCCACCAACCUCUCUUAG